GCAGAUGUUAGGAAGCAGGAACAUUCAAUUAUUGAUUCACCACAUUUAACAAUAUAAAACCCAGCUGUUAAUCAGGGCAGUCUUCAUCUUAGGGAGAAAAAAUAGGCAAAGGCAUCUUGUUUAUACCACAUUUCUAAAACUUUUUAUUCUGGUGGGAGGGCUUUGAUAGAAGUCAAAAAGGGAGAUGGGACCUGCCAUGGCUCAACUGGAACCACUCAGCUAUAUGGGUUGCAACCAACGUUAAUUCUACUUGGAGUAGACCGACUGACUGCCUUAGAGACGUUAAUUUUAAUAGGUCUACUCUGAGAAGGAUUUAGUCAGCAACAACCCAUUGAAAUUAAUUUGUUGUUGUUUAGUCGUUUAGUCGUGUCCGACUCUUCGUGACCCCAUGGAUCAGAGCACGCCAGGCACUCCUGUCUUCCACUACCUCCUGCAGUUUGGUCAAAUUCAUGUUCGUAGUUUCGAGAACACUGUCCAACCAUCUCGUCCUCUGUCGUCCCCUUCUCCUUGUGCCCUCCAUCUUUCCCAGCAUCAGGGUCUUUUCCAGGGAGUCUUCUCUUCUCAUGAGGUGACCAAAGUAUUGGAGCCUCAGCUUCAGGAUGUCCUUCCAGUGAGCAUUCAGGGCUGAUUUCCUUAAGAAUGGAUAGGUUUGAUCUUCUUGCAGUCCAUGGGACUCUCAAGAGUCUCCUCCAUUUAGGUUCAUUAAUUUCAAUAAGGAUACUCUCACUAGAACUUAAGAAGCAUAAAGAUCCCUGUGGUACUGGCCAAAUCUAAUCCAGCAUCAUUGUUCUCAGUGGCCAACCAGAUGCCCAUGAGAAGCCUACAAGCACAAAGGCACAAUAGCAGCUCUACCCUCCUGCAGCUUCAGUAACUAAUUCAGAAGUGUUACUGUCUCUGAGCAUGGAGACACAGCAUAGCCAUCCAGUCUAGUAGCUAUUGAUGGCCUUAUCCUCCAUGAAUUUGUCUCAUCCUCUUUUCGAGCCAUCCAAGUUUUUCACCAUCACUAUAAUCGUGAGGGAGCGACUCUACAAUGAUGGAUACAAGCUACUGAUUUCAGUGGUCCAAUGCCCCAUAUUACGUGUCCAGCUGUUUCUCAUAUCAAGCAAGCUGUUUUGUUGUGUUAGGACACCACUUUAAAAAAGUUAAGAACCAAAGUUCAAUCAGUUCAUGGAUCAGUGGAACUGGAAUAUGUGCAGACAUUUCAGGUGGACUUUCUCCCCUCCAAACUUUUUAAUGACCAACCCCCAAUAAGACGAGAGAGAGAGGGGGGAAGAACGGAAGGAUUAAGAUCUUUGCAGAUCUGAAGCUGAAAAAUUCAGCUCAGCUCUUUAUACACACAGUACAGCAGACUGCAAUCCGAAAAGCACAGGGAAAUCUCAAAACAAAAACAGAUAAAUAUCUUAACAGGAAACAUGAACAUUGAAGAAUAUUUCACAAGGAUUAGCUACAAAGGCUCUCUCGAAAAACUGGAUUUUGGAACCUUAGCGGCGAUCUUCCAGCACCACAUUCGAGCUGUGCCCUUUGAAAACCUCAGCAUCCACUGCGGGGAGACGAUUACUCUAGACUUAGAUCAUGUUUACAACAAGAUUGUGAAGGAAAAACGAGGGGGUUGGUGCAUGGAGAACAACCAGCUUUUGUCUUGGGUUCUGAAAAAGCUGGGAUAUAACACCACCAUACUGGGAGCUUAUGUUUACAACCCGCAGCAAAACACCUAUGCCACUCAGAUGACCCAUCUCAUCAUCAAGGUGGUCAUUGACGAGAGGGCCUACAUUGUUGACGCAGGCUUUGGUGUCUCCUACCAAAUGUGGCAACCGUUGGAGCUGGUGUCCGGCAAAGACCAGCCACAAAUGCCUGGGAUCUUUCAUUUCACAGAAGACAACGGUAUUUGGUACUAUGAGAAAAUAAGAAGGAAGCAAUACAUUCCCAGUCAAAACUUUGCCAACUCAGAUCUCUUGGAAAAAAGGGAGCGCAGGAGUAUCUACCUGUUCACCCUUGAGCCAAGGACAGUAGAAGACUUUCGGUUCCAGUGCUCCUAUCUCCAAACGUCCCCAGAUUCCGUGUUUACCAAGAAAUCUAUCUGCAGCCUCCAGACAAAUGAUGGGUUUAGGGCUUUGAUUGGAUGGACACUCGUGGAGACAAAAUUUAAUCACACGGAAGGCACAGAUCUGGUGAAGCACACAACGCUGAGCGAUGACGAGGUGGAGAAAACACUGAGAGAGAAAUUUGGUAUAACUCUGGAGAACAAGCUUGUUCCUAUUAACAUCAAAGCGACAUAUACCAUCUAG